GUCAACAAGUCCUUCCUGCAACAAGACCGGCAUGAUGGCGUCGGACACGCAGGUUUCAGACACCCUGAAGAAAUUUGCUGUCAAAGUGACGACGGCCAGCAUUAAGGAGCGGAAGGAGAUCUACGGGGAUUUGAGGAGGUGUCUGCAGGAUAAAGAGUUGCCAGAGGCUGCGGUUAAAGGGCUGUGUAAGCUCUUCUGCCUCACCCCCCACAGAUACCGAGAUGCGGCGUCACGCAGAGAGCUGCUGUCCGUCAUCGGCCAGCUGGCGGACAGUCAUUCUGACGUCCUGGUGUCCAGCCUCCUCCAGGGACUUUUGAACUGCGGAGUCAUCAGCAAAAAUGGAGAGCCAAGUAAGAGCUCCGGCUCUGCCGCCUUCAUCGGCCUGUCCUGGACCUGCCUUUUAAUCCCUAAAGUGUUUUCUGCUCCAGAGAAACGAGAAGGACCCAUCUGGAAGAAAAUGGUGGAGGUCCAGAGCCUUCUAGUGGCGGAGGUGGUGGGCGGAGCCAAAACCACAGCGAAGAAAUCAAGCCUGAAGAAUCUCUGUCACCUGUGGGAAGAGAAGCCUGGGCUGGUUGAUCACUACAUCAGCACCCUGCUGACUCUGGAGCAGAGCCCCACCAUGCUGCCCAUGCUGGGGGUGUGUUUGGACUUCUGCGCUGCUCAGAAGGACAAAGCUACCAUCGAGAAACACAAGAGCACCAUGUUGGACCUCUACAUUAAAUCGGUCCUGAUGAGCAAAACCAGACCGCAGCAGCACAUUUUGGAUCAGAGCGGCUCCCUGCUGCGUCACGUCACCCACUCUGAGUUCAAGGAGCUGCUGCUUCCCGCGCUGCAGAAGACCAUGCUGCGCAGUCCAGAGAACGCCAUGCAGACCGUUUCCUGCCUGCUGUCUGCUGUAACUCUGGAUCUCAGCCAGUAUGCCAUGGACAUCGGAAAGGCCGUCGCCAGCCAGCUGAAGGCCAAUAAUGCUCAGCUGAUGGAGGAAGCUGUUAAGGCCAUGCAGAACCUGGUCCAGCAGUGCAGCGACGCCGCUGCAGUUCAGGACAUCGUCUCUCAUCUUUUCAAGAUUCUCGGAGGCUCUGAAGGAAAACUCACGGUUGUUGCCCAGAAAAUGAGCGUAUUGUCAGGGAUCGGCAGCUGCAGCCAUCACGCGGUGUCAGGAACCUCCAGUCAGACUCUGAGCUCUGCGGUCUCGGUCAUGUUCAUCCCUUACUUGCAACAGGAAGUUCACGAGGGCACCUUGGUGCACGCAGUGGGGGUUCUGUCUCAGUGGAGCAGUCGCCUCACGGUGGAGGUCCCCGCCGCUCUGCUGGACUGGUUAAAGAAGGCGUUUACUCUGAAGACCUCCACCUCCGCCGUUCGCCAUGCGUACCUUCAGACCAUGCUGGGGGCCUUUAAAGGUGACACUUUGGCGCAGGCGUCAGACCUCAUCCCGCUGCUCCUCCAGACAGUUGAGAAAGCUGCAGCACAAAACUCCCAGCAUGCUUUGCUUGCAGAGGGUGUAGCAGCUUCUGUUCUUUUGAGUCGACUCUCUCUGCUGGAGACACAAACGGAGGCCAAAUUCAGCAGCUUCUGGAACCUGAUCUUGGAUGAGAAGAAACCGUUGUUCACCACCGAGAAGUUCCUGUCCCAAGGCAGCGAAGAGACUCUGCUCACCGUGCUGCAGCUCUGCGAGAGGCUGUUUCUGGACCACGCUCAGCGACUGAACACCAGCAGAUCCCAGAUGUAUCAUCAGGCCGCCGUUGCAGUGCUGCUGUCUCGGAGCUGGCGUGUGAGGAAGAAGGCCCGGCAGACGGUCAGGAAGCUGCUCUCCUCUCUGGGCGGCUCCAGUCUCGCUCACGGCCUGCUAGGAGAGCUGCGGGUCGUCAUCAACAAACAUAAAGUUCUAGCGCAGGACGUCCUGCUGUCGGAGUCAGGAGAGCUGACGGAGCUCGGUCGCAGCUACAUCCCACCUCGCGUCCUGCUGGACGCCCUGUGUGUCGUUUGCUCGGCUGCCAGCCAGUGGGGGGAUCCGGCUGAGGCGGAGAAUGUAGCAAUGGAGACUCUGAUUGUCACCCAUCAUCCCUCCAUCGUCGGUGUUCGUCCCGGCCUGUGGCCCCUCCUGCUCUCCUCCAUGAAGAUUCGAGCUGAGGAGCUCAUCGAGAAGAACCUGGAGGCCAUCCUGCCACAGCUGCUGGAGGUCAAUGCUGACAGCCAGGCGGUGAAAAACGCAGUCGGUGCGCUCAGCGUCCUGUCGCCAAACAAGCUGUUGCCGCGGGUGAUGAGUCAUGUGAUCGAAGGUCUGCGUCAGCCCGCUCUCCUCCAAGUCACCAGGGAGGAGUACGCCAUCAUGCAGACCCCAGAUGGAGAGCUGCACGAUAACAGCAUCAUCCAGAGUGCCCAGAAGGAAAACACCAAGAAGGUGAACAUGAAGAGGGAAAACAAGGCCUACUCCUACAAGGAGCAGAUCAUUGAGCUGGAGUUACAGGAGGAGAUGAAGAAGAAAAAAGGCAUCAAAGAUGAAGUUCAGCUGACCAGCAAGCAGAAGGAAAUGAUUCAGGUUCAGCUGGAGAAGGAGUCGGCUGUCCGCAAGCGACUUCAAGGGAUGGAUGCGGAGCUGCAGAGCGUGGUGGGUCUGCUGGAGGCCACUCUGAAAGCAGGACCAGCUCAGAUCGGCUGGGAGCUCCCCGCAGUCCUGCAGGUCCUGAUUCCGCUGCUGCAAUCCCCUCUUGCUGCUCCGCGCAUCCAGCAGGUCUUCCUGGACAUCGGGGUGUCCCUCAUGCCCCGACACCUCCACCACCUGGCUGCACUCGUGGGUCAUGUGACCUUACGGCUGCUGAAGCCUGAGUGUGAUCUGGAUCCGGCGUGGAGCGAGGAGGACCUGGACACUGCGGCCAACCGCACCGUGCUCCUGCUGCAUGAGCACACCGUCCCUCAGAGAGAAGGCAAGACUGCAGGUGUCGCUCCGCUGGCGGCUCCCGCCUUCUCCUUCUGCUUCCCUCUCCUCAACGCAAUGCUCAGGGAGUAUUCAGGCAGCACAGAGGAGACGGAGAGCUUGAUGACCAGAGCCCUGCAGGUCAUCAACGUGCACUCGCAGCUACGUUCCAGCCUGGAAGCUGAUGACAUGACCAUAGACGAGAACGGACCUGAGCUCCUCCCACGUGAGAACAUGAUGCUGCUGCUGACCAGAGUCAUUUCCACAGCGACGCCCAGGCUGCAGGUUCUUGCGUCUCAGUGCCUGACGGCGCUGUGUGCCAGCGCAGGAGGAGGCGACGGCUGCACGGUGGCCGAGCAGCCGGAGAUCGACGUCCUGCUCAGCGCCCUGCUUUCCUCCUGCUUCUCUGUCAGAGAUGCUGCUCUCAGGGGGUUGUUGGAGAUGGAGUUCGCUCUAUCUACAGACAGCACCGAGAGCAGCGGGAUGAGUUUGCUGCGCAGGCUUUGGGUUGCCAGGUUUGAUGUUGAAGAGGAGGGACGAGCCUUGGCUGAGAGACUCUGGGAGUCUCUGGGUUUGGAGCUGGUCCCUGAGCUCUGCACGCUGCUGAUCGGAGACAUCACUCACCAUGAGGAGGCCAUCCGCUCUGCAGCAGCAGAGGCCCUCUCUAGCGCUGUGUCCCAGUACAGAGACCAGUCUGCCGCCGUGCUCGGUCAGCUCACUGAGCUCUACCAUCAGAAACUUUAUAGGCCGCCUCCUGUCCUGGACGCUCUGGGAAGAGUGAUCUCAGAAUCUCCGCCGGACCAGUGGGAGGCCAGGUGCGGCAUUGCUCUGGCUCUCAACAAGCUGUCGCAGUACCUGGACGAAUCUCAGGUCACGCCUCUCUUCCUGUUCUUUGUGCCUGAUGCCCUGAACGACCGGCACGUCGAGGUGCGGCGCUGCAUGCUGGAUGCCGCCCUCUCAGCGCUCAACACGCAUGGAAAGGAUAACGUGAGCUCCCUGCUGCCGGUGUUCGAGGAGUUUCUGAAGAACGCCCCGCAGGACGCCAGCUACGACUCGGUUCGUCAGAGUGUCGUAAUCCUCAUGGGAUCUUUGGCCAAACAUCUGGAUAAAAACGACCCGAAGGUCAAACCCAUUGUGGCCAAGCUUAUAACGGCGCUGUCUACGCCGUCACAGCAGGUCCAGGAGUCCGUGGCUGGCUGCCUGCCUCCUUUGGUUCCGGCCAUCAAGGAGGACACAGCAGGAAUCGUCCGGAAUCUGCUGCAGCUGCUGCUGGAGAGUGACAAGUAUGCGGAGCGGAAAGGAGCGGCGUACGGCCUGGCUGGGCUGGUCAAAGGCCUGGGCAUCCUGGCGCUCAAACAACAGGACAUCAUGACCACGCUGACAGACGCCAUUCAGGACAAGAAGAACUUCAGACGAAGGGAAGGAGCGCUGUUUGCCUUCGAGAUGCUGUGCAACAUGCUGGGGAAGCUGUUUGAGCCAUACGUGGUCCACGUGCUGCCACACCUCUUGCUUUGCUUUGGAGAUGGAAACCAGUAUGUCCGGGAGGCUGCAGACGACUGCGCCAAAGCUGUGAUGAGGAACCUGAGCGCCCAUGGGGUGAAGCUGGUGCUCCCUUCUCUCCUGGUGGCCCUGGAGGAGGAAUCAUGGAGGACCAAAGCAGGCUCGGUGGAGCUGCUGGGCGCCAUGGCGUUCUGCGCGCCCAAACAGCUGUCCUCCUGCCUGCCCAGCAUCGUACCCAAGCUGACGGAGGUCCUGACCGACUCCCACGUCAAGGUGCAGAAGGCGGGCCAGCAGGCCCUGCGGCAGAUCGGCUCCGUCAUCCGCAACCCUGAAAUCUUGGCCAUCACUCCCAUCCUGCUGGACGCCCUCACCGACCCGUCUAGGAGGACACAGACGUGUCUCCAGACGCUGCUGGACACCAAGUUCGUCCACUUCAUUGACGCCCCCUCCCUGGCCCUCAUCAUGCCCAUCGUCCAGAGGGCCUUCCAGGACCGCUCCACAGACACUCGCAAGAUGGCGGCACAGAUCAUCGGCAACAUGUACUCCCUGACCGACCAGAAGGACCUGUCGCCCUACCUGCCCAGCGUGAUCCCCGGCUUGAAGGCGUCUCUGCUGGACCCGGUGCCCGAGGUACGAACCGUCUCCGCCAAGGCUCUGGGCGCCAUGGUGAAGGGGAUGGGGGAGUCAUGCUUCGACGACCUGCUGCCCUGGCUCAUGGAGACCCUGGCCUCCGAGCAGAGCUCCGUGGACCGCUCCGGCGCUGCACAAGGCCUGGCUGAGGUGAUGGCCGGACUGGGCGUGGAGAAGCUGGACAAGCUGAUGCCAGACGUGGUUCAGACCGCCAGCAAGGUGGACAUCGCUUCGCAUGUCAGAGACGGUUACAUCAUGAUGUUCAUCUACCUGCCCCUCACCUUUGGGGAUAAGUUCACCCCCUACGUGGGCCCCAUCAUCCCCUGCAUCCUGAAGGCUCUGGCUGAUGAGAACGAGUACGUGAGGGACACGGCGCUGCGAGCCGGCCAGAGGAUCAUCAGCAUGUACGCCGAGACGGCCAUCGCCCUGCUGCUGCCGGAGCUGGAGCAGGGCCUGUUUGACGACCUGUGGAGGAUCAGGUUCAGCUCAGUCCAGCUGCUGGGAGACCUGCUGUUCCACAUUUCUGGGGUAACGGGAAAGAUGACCACGGAGACCGCGUCAGAGGACGACAACUUUGGCACCGCUGCAUCCAACAAGGCCAUCAUCUCUGCUCUGGGAGCAGAGCGGCGGAACCGGGUGCUCUCCGGCCUCUACAUGGGCCGCUCUGACACCCAGCUGGUGGUGCGGCAGGCGUCGCUCCACGUGUGGAAGAUCGUCGUUUCAAACACGCCCCGAACGCUCAGAGAGAUCCUCCCCACGCUCUUCUCCCUCCUGCUGGGCUUCCUGGCCUCCACCUGCCCCGAUAAGAGAACGAUCGCCGCUCGGACGCUGGGCGAUCUGGUGAGGAAGCUGGGCGAGAAGAUCCUCCCGGAGAUCAUCCCCAUCCUGGAGGACGGGCUGCGCUCCGACAAGAGUGACGAGCGGCAGGGCGUGUGCAUCGGGCUCAGCGAGAUCAUGAAGUCCACCAGCAAAGACGCGGUGCUGAUCUUCUCCGAGUCGCUGGUCCCAACUGUGAGGAAGGCUCUGUGCGACCCGCUGGAGGAGGUCCGGGAGGCGGCGGCCAAAACCUUCGAGCAGCUCCACGCCACCAUCGGCCACCAGGCGCUGGACGACAUCCUGCCCACUCUGCUCAAACAGCUGGCGGAUGAGGACACAGCGGAGUUUGCCCUGGAUGGUCUGAAGCAGGUCAUGGCUGUGAAGAGCCGUUCUGUGCUGCCAUAUCUGGUCCCAAAGCUGACCGCUCCUCCUGUGAACACCCGUGUGCUGGCCUUCCUCUCUGCGGUGGCCGGAGACGCUCUGACGCGUCACCUGGGCGUCAUCCUGCCCGCUCUGCUCUCCUCCCUGAAGGGGAAGCUGGGAACAGAGGAGGAAGCUCAGGAGCUUUGCAGCUGUCAGACCGUCAUCCUGUCAGUGGAGGAUGAGGCAGGUCAGAGGAUCAUCAUCGAAGACCUGCUGGAGGCGACACGAGGCGCCGACCCUGGCCUCCGACAGGCCGCCAUCACCGUCUUAAAUGCUUACUUUGCUCGUACUCGCCUGGAUUACAGCGCUCACAUUCGCACGCUGCUGUCGGGCCUGAUCCGCCUGCUGAACGACUCCAACACAGAGGUCCUCUCCCAGAGCUGGGACACCAUCAACUCCAUCACCAAGAAGCUGGAUGCUAGCAGCCAGCUGGCUCUGAUCGACGACCUGCAUCGAGACAUUCGAGCCGUUGCUGCUGAUGUCAAAGGUCAGCACCUGCCCGGGUUCUGUCUGCCCAAAAAGGGUGUGACGUGUAUCCUGUCAGUCCUGAGAGAAGGCGUCCUCACAGGAAGCCCCGAGCAGAAGGAGGAAGCAGCCAAAGCCCUGGGCGGCGUCAUCAGACUGACGUCUCCUGAAGCUCUGCGGCCGUCGGUCGUAAACAUCACAGGACCUCUGAUCCGCAUCCUGGGAGACCGUUUCGCCUGGACGGUGAAGACGGCUCUGCUGGAGACCCUCACCCUGCUGCUAGCCAAGGUGGGAAUCGCCCUGAAGCCCUUCCUGCCGCAGCUGCAGACCACCUUCCUGAAGGCGCUGCAGGACUCCAGCCGCGCGGUGAGGCUGCGGGCCGCCGAGGCUCUGGGUCAGCUGGUCUCCAUCCACACCAAGGUCGACCCUCUGUUCACCGAGCAGCUCUCCGCCAUCCGCAACGCAGAGGACUCUGGAGUCAGGGAAACGAUGCUCCAAGCUUUGAGGUUUGUCAUCCAGGGGGCCGGAGCCAAAGUGGACCCGACCAUUCGAAAGAACAUCACCAGCACAUUACUGGGCAUGCUCGGACACGACGAGGAUGCAACACGUAUGGCCUCGGCAGGCUGCAUCGGCGAGCUGUGUGCCUUCCUGUCAGAGGAGGAGCUGAAGACUGUCUUACUUCAGCACGUCUUAGCCGACGUGUCUGGCGUGGACUGGAUGGUGCGUCAUGGUCGCAGCCUGGCCCUGGCCAUAGCUGUGAAGGCUGCUCCCGACAGGCUGUGUGGAAAGGAUUACGGUGAGACGGUGACAGAAACCAUUUUGACCAACGCCACAGCUGACCGGAUUCCCAUCACUACCAGCGGGAUCCGCGCUUUGGGAUAUCUGAUGAGGCAUCAUCUGCGGACGGAAGGAGGCAGCAGCGGCGUCUCCCAGCGCGCCGUCCCCCACUUUGUUAAGUGUCUUCAGAACCAAUCCAGUGACAUCAGACUGGUGUCGGAGCGAGUGCUGUGGUGGGUGUUCAAAGACCCGACUACUCCCACCAUGGAGGCCGGCCUGAUCAAGCCGCUGCUGAAGAGCCUGCUGGACAACACCAAGGACAAGAACACCACGGUCCGAGCCCAGAGCGAACACACCAUCGUCAGCCUUCUGCGGCUCCGCCAGGGAGAGGAAACCAUGCAGAGCAUCACUGCCAUCCUGGACUCUGCAAGCAACGACCUGCUGUCAGAGUGUCACCGCCGCUCGCUGAAGAAAAUAGCCAGCCAGCCGGACUCCAACGAGGAGAUCGACGACACCAUCCUGACCUGAAGCAGCAAGACUGGAGGAUGAAAGCGAAGCUACAGAGGGUUCAUCGAUGGCGUGAACCAGAACCCAAACGCUCUCCAAACAUGCUCCCUUUGAACCAGCGUGGGAGGAGGAGGAGCAGCUCUCCCUUCCCUCACGUUUCUGCAAACAUUUUAUUUUAUUUUUUACCUUUUGUUUCAGCGGCCUUUUCCUGAUCCUAACUUUCAUCUGGUGACAUUAGAAAGACGCCAAAUCUGUGCUAGUCCAGUGUUCUGCUACGUCUUUUACCGAACCGAUCGGAAGCGUUUAAGAUGUAAGGAGUAACACCCCACCUUUGGUUUUCUUUGGACUUGACAUGUGGGAAACGUUUGGAGGAUUUGACCUCCUAUUAGACAAAUCAAUCUAAUCUGUGACUCUUGUAAAAAAAAAAAAAAACAGAAUAAAAACAGAUUCUUCUGUCUGCGUUGGUCA